AACAACAAAAGCGAUGCCGACUGACAUAGAAGAUGAGAUUAGGGACGAGAAGAAUCCUCCCCCUCUUGAUGAAGACGAUAUCGCUCUUCUCAAGACUUAUGGAUUGGGGCCAUAUUCCACAAGCAUCAAGAAAAAUGAAAAAGAUGUAAAGGAAAUGGCCAAAAGGAUCAACGAUUUAUGUGGAAAGCUUAUUUUUGUGAGGUUUCUGACUCAAAUAAGCUUGUAUGAAGACUCUGCUUUUUUUGCCUGUUUUACUACUUAGAACAUUCUUCU